UUUUUGUUGGCGUAUGGUGCGAUAGCAUUUAUCUAAAAAAAAAUAUGACCAUCCCACCAAGAUAUGUUAUAUAUAUUCACACAAUAAAUACCAGCUAAGAUAUGUCAUAUGUUUUCAUACAAUAGAUAAUGAAACGAAAUCAAAUAUUUGGCAGUAAUUUAAUACUCAUUACUCAUGCAGCUGUAUAUAAUACGUUUCUACAGCUACCUCUGCCUAUAAUAAACCACUCCGGUUAGUAGUCCAGUACUAAGAUUGUAAGCCAAACAAUCCACUUCACUCCACUCCAGUACUAAGAUUGCAAGUCAAACAAUCCACCAUUAAAAGUGACCACCUCUCUUCUCCGAGUCCAACAAGAUGAGACCAUCAUCCCUUGCUCUCGUCGUCAUUGUAGCCACCGCCAUCCUUACGUUGAGUGGCGCCGCACACGCGGACGUGCAAGGAACAUGCAAGGCCGCGGCCGGCAUCGACAGCCGCAUCAGCUACAAGUUCUGUGUGUCCAAGCUGAGCAACCACCACCUCAGCCCAGACGCGGACACACGGGGCCUAGCCUUGAUCGCGGCUAGUUUGGGCAUCUCCAACGCGGAAGACACGGUCUUCGACAUCAAGGGACUUGUAGCCAAGCCAGGCACCGGUGCCAAGGCGAAGCCGUUGCUUGCGCGGUGCCAGGAGCUGUACAACGAGAUGUCCUUUGUGUUCGCCGAAGGAUACGACUGUAUCAACGCGCAAAGCUACGCUGCGGGGAAGGAGAAGGUGGGAGAGGCCAUCCCCCUCGCGCGCCAGUGCGACGAUGCCUUCGCCAAGGCCGCCGUCCCGUCGCCGCUGGUGCAGCGUAGCUGGUGCUCCGUGCAGAUGUCGAUCAUCUGCACGGCCAUAACCAACCUCAUCAAGUGA